AUGGCAGUCAAUCAGAUUCUUUCAAGUCAUAUGGGCUCUCCGGCUUCUAGUUUCCAUUUGUCGACUAACAAGAACGUGGCUGUAGACACUUUAGGUCAUACCAAUGCUGGAAAUAACGAUACCAGUCUCUCCACUAUGGGUAGAAACACAAAUACUGACGUCUGUAAUGGCAACAGUCAUGGCAAUGGUGAUGGAGCUGUGCAUGAGAAUAAACGUCUUGAAAUCAGCCAUUUUGUUAGCCAGUUUCAAAAAAUAUUGGGCGAUAUGUGGGAUUCUUAUCAAAUUGCCGUAUCCCUAUUUAUUGUCGGAAAAUUGUCUAGGACAGAAUUGAUGCAACAGAUUGGUCCUAUUCUAAAUCAAAAACAUACAAAACAUAUGCAUAACAAACUGCUACUUUCAAUGCUCGCCAAUUGUUAUAAAAAGGAACCACUACAUGGAGUAACAUCUAGUGUUUUCGGUACUUCCAAGAAAAGAAUUAGCAAAAACAAAUCCUCCCAAUAUGAGAAACUUAAGAGGGAUGUCUUAUCUCUCCCAAUUCGUGAAAGGGUUCGUAUCAAGGGAAUAACAAAGGAAUCCGGUAAGAAAGGAUUGAUACAAAAUACAAUGAUUCAAACCAGGCAGGCCCUUGUUCCUAAGGUCCCUAUUGUUACUAACCAUUCUUCGAAUAACAACACAAAUGGAUCGACAAUAACAUCUUCCAUUAGUAAUGCUUCCAAGGUGAAUACUUUAGAGAUGACCCUAAUAUCAGUAAAGGACAUCCUUGAAAUGAUUGGUGAACCAUUAUCAACUGAAACCUACGAGUUACCAGAAAGAAAAAAAAUGAGAGAUUUCAUGCUGGGCCUGGUUAGGGAAAAUGGUCUACUGGGUGGCGUUUCCAUGAAGGCAGUAGAUGUAUUAUAUUUGGGAUUGACAUAUCAUCUGAAGUCAAUAAUAACGGAUAUAUUGGACAAUGUCCGGGUGAAAAAUUACGGUGAUAUAGAUCCAGUAGAAGACAAGAUUCCUCGAAAUAGUAUCACCAUCACUGCAGAAGAUUUUUUCGAUUACAUAAACCUAUCACCUAGUACUAUCAAACCUUAUGGUACUAUUGAUAGGCUCAUAAAUACUAAAUUGUUAAAUGACGAUGAUUAUGAACUUAUAUAUAAUGAAGUUGUUGGUUCAACUGGUGGAACAAAUGAUUUUGAUGGCAUGCACAACAAAUCAAGAAAUGAAGACCCUGGUACGGGUAAAGAAGAAUCAGAAGGCGAUCUUUGGGAAGAAAUCGAAAAAGUUAUUGCGGAUCAUGGGCUUAAUGGGCAACCCACUUAUGUAAUUCCUGAAAAAUAUACCAAUGUUUCAUGCAUGCUUAAGUCGCAUAAAAUUAUACAACGAGAGAAAACACCACAUAAGGAUGAUACAGCUCCAAAGGUUAAUUUGUCAUUGAAAGAUAAGGAUAUUGGCACACCAGAUGAGUUGAACUGGGUUAUUAACGACCUUCUCUCUGAAGACUGCUAA